AUGGCGCUUUCGUUUCCUGAUGAAAGUUCCCCCUUUGUGGCGUGUUUUCUUCUUUUCUGUUACUACUUGAUGAGCAGCUACAGCUCAUUCAGUAACAGGUACCAUGAUCUCUCCCUUGCAAUUUUUAACUGUUACAAAAAACAAAGUCAUCGAAUCUCCCAUGAGGGACUGUGCACAGACGUCAAAACCGAUCCUUCUAAAAGCAAACGCAACGUGAUAAAAAUCCCGAAGGAGCUUUUCGAUAUGGCUUGCGCAGAGCUUAAGUCCAUCAGAGAAACUCUUUGCAUAUUGAUUUUGAAGGUGGCCUUCAUUUCAAGUUUCGUAUUCCUUGUCUUUUACUUGACAAUGCGGCUACAUCUCGGUUUUAAGCCUGUUGCAAAAACUGCAGUUGCGUUUUUUACCGGGUUGUUCCCCAAGAUCGUCACCAAAUACCUAGGAGGAGAAAGACAAAAACGAAUU